GUUUGCGCGGCAGAAGCAACACGAGAAAUUAAACAUGGAAAACACUGAUCCGGCCGCUAAGCAAUCCGAGCAGCAAAUUGACUAUAAGACGCCCAAAAAAACAAACUCGAUGAUCGACAGCGAGCAUUUGUUGGAGAAAAUAAAUAUACUUACAACCAAGCCAGAGAAUCAAUCCAAAAAUGCAAAGGUUCCUACCAUUAAGGAUUUUGUCAUCGUUAAGCCGAUCAGUCGAGGUGCCUUUGGGAAAGUAUUUCUGGGUUACAAAAACAGCGAUUCAAACAAACUGUACGCCAUCAAGGGCAUGCGCAAAUCGGAGAUGAUAAACAAAAAUAUGGUGUCGCAGGUCAUAACCGAACGCAAUGCUCUGGCCCUGUCACGUUCGCCCUUCUGCGUCAAUCUAUUCUACUCACUUCAAUCGCAGUCUUAUGUCUAUCUGGUCAUGGAAUAUAUGGUGGGUGGAGAUCUGAAGUCACUUUUGGCUAUGUACGGAUACUUUGACGAAUCCACGGCCCGCUUCUAUGUGGCCGAAAUGGCAAUGGCGCUUCAGUAUUUACACCAGCAUGGCAUUGUGCAUCGCGACAUUAAGCCGGACAACAUGCUGAUCUCGGCCAGCGGGCACGUCAAACUGACUGAUUUUGGCCUUAGCAAAAUCGAAAUGCGCCGUGACUUGGAAAUAUCCGAUUUAAUAAAUUGUUCGCCGAAUCUGAAUGCGCGCACGCCUGGUCAGCUACUCUCCCUAACCUCCCACCUGUCCUUCGGAUCAGAGAAGAAACUGCUGGAUUAUGGACCUGGCAUUCCAACACCAGUGGGCACUGGCACAUCGCAUCUCAUGCAGGUGAUCAACAAACACAGCUUGAUAAUGGAGUCAUCAGACAGUGAGGCAGAUACAUCCCUUAACGAUGCGGAGAAAACCAGCGAUAGCAAAAUCUCAGGCGUCUCGCCAUUUUUCUCGGCUGAAGAAAUGAAUUUGUCCAUCACGCACACGUGCGCACUUAAUCUCGUGGACAGCAGCUCAUCCUCGUAUCACACCUGCAGUUCAGCCGAGUUUGUCAAGAAAUCGCCCCCAGUUGGGAAGGCAACUCCAGCAGCAGCCUUGGCACCAUUGCCAAACAAAAGACGCGUAGAGUUUGCAGUGGCCAACGAUUCAUCCGAGUGUAAGGGCUGCAAAUUGGCUGAGCGGGACAACAACAACAUUGUGAGCAACAAAAAUGCAACCAAGAUGGAAAAUACGAACGAAGGCUCGUUUGAAUUUUCCAUGGUGCGCAGGCGUUCGCUCGAGGAGCAUAAUCGCUACUCUAAGGGGCAGGAGGAUUCCGGUGUUUCCAGCCGCAAGGGUGACGACUACUCUAGUUCUCAUCUAAAUUUAAAUAACGAGACCACAACAUCUUCCAUUGAGAAGACCACAGAUAAUUUGAACAAUUCCAAAGGGGACUACAGCUGUUCUGACUACUCACGCAGUUACAACGUGACGAAUGCUAAUGAGCUUAGUGGUAUUCGCAUGAACUCUCCUUUUCGCAAUCUCUCUAAGCACUUUAAGCAUCCCGAAUUUCUCCGCGGCUUGAAACGAAAAAUUAAUCUGGUCAACCGUUCGGAUAACACGUCGAGUAUGGAAGCGGAUGCCAUGGGCGCCGGUAAUACAGGUCUAACGCAAGAAAUCGAAAUACUCAACAUAGGCAGCAGCACUCCCAAGAAGCGCAAGGCCCGUGCAUCGCCUGUGCACCUUAAGGUGCGUUCGUUAUCCGACGAUGAGAUGCCCAUGCAGCAUUUGCUUGGCCCAGAGGCGAACGUGGCCAAUGUGGUUUUCUCGACGCCGGUGUCGUCGCAAAAAAUGCCCCGGCGCGAUGGAGGCCUCUUGGGCAAGCUGAAGGCCACUCGCUUUGCACUGCCGCCGUCUAUCGAUAAUAAAAAGGGAGACUAUGCCGCAACGACGUCAGAGAAAAUGUCUGGUGUGCAAUAUCAUCUUAAACUAGCGGAUGAUCCCACCAUGUCGCCGAUCAAUCAUGGUGUCGGUAUUAUGCCAAAAACUCCAAAGAACACUAUUAAUACACCUUUUCGCACACCCAAAUCGGUCAGGCGUGGUGCUCGAGUUUCCAGCGAACGCAUUCUUGGCACGCCGGACUAUCUGGCACCAGAGCUACUACUAAAGCAAGGCCAUGGGCCUGCAGUUGAUUGGUGGGCCCUCGGUGUAUGCUUUUAUGAAUUCAUGACCGGCAUUCCACCUUUUAAUGACGAGACCCCGCAAAAAGUAUUUGACAACAUUCUAAAUAAAAACAUUGAAUGGCCUGAAGGCGACGAAGCCUUAUCUGCCGAUGCUAUGGAAGCUGUGGAGCUUCUGCUUACCAUGAACCCAGCGGAGCGACCGGCUGCAAAGCAAGUGCAACAAAUGAACUUCUUUGCCUGCAUAGACUGGGACAAUAUUGGUCAUAUGGAGCCACCGUUUGUGCCCACGCCCGACAAUCCGACAGAUACGGGUUACUUUGAGGCGCGCAACAACCUGCAGCACCUAAAAUUGUCGAACUUUGCGCCGGAAGAUUAAGAGGAGUCGGUCUAUCGCAAGCACCUUAUUCGAAUGUUAUUCCUAUUUAUAAAUGUAUGUAAUUACAAUUAACGUUUAUAUUUAAGCCAUUCAUUGUUAUCUCCCGAUAAGUACUGUAUUUAUGUAUUCUCGUUGUUUAAAUUUCUUCUGUUAUAUAAAAAUUGUAUUUUUAGA